AUGUCUAACAACUUUACAAAUCUCUUUGAUACUUUUGAUACUUUUACAAGUCCUUCUAUUCCUGUUAAUCUGAUAGUUAGAAAAAUUGAAAAGUUAAGUUAUAAUAAAUUAGACCUUGAAUUCAAAGACAUCAAUAUAAUACAUGAUAUUAAAAGUAAUACCUUUUUUAAAUUAACCAGAGUAGAAAUUUGUGGUGAAAACAUAGGGAAAAACUUAUUUGGUGAUGAUUACAGGAUGAUUUAUCCAAAACUACUUUUGCGAAUCCUUAAUACACAGAAUAUUGACGAAUAUCCAAUUAUUGUUGGAUCUUGUUUACUACCUAUCUUAGAAAAAGAUUUAGAUAAAGCAAUCUAUUGGUAUAAGAAGGCUGCCAGAAAUAGGUGUGAAGAAGUUCAGGAAAAUCUGGAUCUCUUAUUGAUUCAAUCUUCCAAAUAA